AUCCAUUCCAGUGAAAUUAUUCCCACAAAAAGGUCCAAUGACGAGUCAGCCGAGCGCGCCUGUUGUCUUCUGUUGCUGUUUAUGUCCUGCAUAUUCGUCAUGUCUGAGGCCUGGGUCACACUUGCUACCACCGAUGGCUACGCACAAGGAGCUCUAGUUUUAGCGCAUUCAAUUAAAGCUACGGGAACCUCCAAGAAAUUACACUGUAUGGUGACACAUUAUGUUUCUCCACGACUCCGUAGUGAACUAGAAGCGCAGUUUGAUGAAGUAUCGCUUGUGGACGUACUCGACAGCAACGACCAGGAAAAUCUGGCCCUAAUUAACCGACCCGAUCUUGGCGUAACCUUUACCAAGCUUCACUGCUGGAGGCUUACACAAUACACAAAAUGUGUAUUCUUGGAUGCAGAUACUAUGGUUCUUCAAAAUGCGGAUGAACUAUUCGAAAGACCAGAGUUCUCGGCUGCUGCUGACAUUGGUUGGCCAGAUUGUUUCAACAGUGGAGUCUUCGUUUUUGUGCCCAGUAUCGAGACUUAUCGUCGUCUACUGCAAUUUGCGAUAUCACAUGGCUCUUUCGAUGGAGGUGAUCAAGGACUCUUGAAUGAGUUCUUUGCCGGCUGGCGUGAUAUGCCACCAAUUCAUCGACUUCCAUUCAUAUAUAACAUGACAGCCGGUGCUUUUUACACGUAUGCGGCUGCUUACAGAAGGUUCGGAAAAUCGACGAAGAUUGUUCACUUUAUUGGAGCCGAUAAGCCGUGGCACGGUUCAGCGGCCCUGCAUCAGAGUGAACACAUGGCAAAGUGGAAGCAGAUCCAUCAGCAGAAUGUCGCUGCCCAUACGGCUCCGCCACCACCGCCACCGCCACCGCCGCCGCCGCCGCCUGCUCCGCCUCGGUCUCCGCCGCCGUCGCCGAGACGUUACACUCCGGCUCCGCUCUGGUCACCGCCGCAGCCCGAAGCGGAGUCGUUCUGUUUUGUUUACGUAGAACCGCCACGUGAUGCUCAGCAGAAAGCUCCGCACGAGCAUGGACAGAGUUUAGGCGGAAAUUUGGUUUGUGGGCCUGCCGUGUGUGUAGCUGUAGAGCAUGCCUCCGUAGUUCCUAGCAGUGAAGGAAGAGAAAGCGCAAGGAGCUGGGUCGACGAGGAGGUCGCCUCGAUAAUUGGUGAAGCAUGUACCCCAUCUGGAUCAGUUCGACAAAAGACACCCUCACCGAGUGAGGAGGAAAGGCUACGUGCCUGGGAGUCUGGACACCCAGACUUCAUGGGCCGUGACGCAUUCUCGAACAUCCAAGCAGCUCUAGACCGUGCUCUCCAGGAAUAGAUGACUCAACACGUUCUCACGAAGACUCGCCCGUGGUCUCCGCACCACUGCAUUGUUUUACUGUACCUAUUCGUUUCAUAUGCCUGCCUUUUUGCAUCAUUCUCGUAAUAUCACACCUAUAAGAUGCAGUAAUCAUCAUUAAUCGAGAACUCACUCGUCGUGCUCAUCCAAUCUUUCGUUCUGGUGCCUGUAGCAGUGUUCGUGUUCUACACUCUCUCAGCAAACUCGUCUCAGCGAGUUUGCAUAUGCUCAACAAAUCUUUCACAAAUUCAUAGUUCGUCUAGUCUUUUGACUCAUUCUGUGCCUAAACGAGUGGU